CUAGAAAAGCCCGCCGGGUCUGGAUGCUAUGUGUCUUGCUAAGUUGGAGAGGGUAGGUGUUGUUGGGUGAGCACAGGGAGGGCAUUAGUUGAGAGGGAGUGGCGUGGCGUGGUUUUGGGAGUUGGGCAUUGGGCGGUAGGGUGGGCGGGCUGGUUAGUUACUUCUUGCCCUUGCCCUUGCCCUUGCCCUUGCCUGCAAUACAUCCACCAAGGAGACAUCACGCACAGAGAAGGAGAGAGGCAGAUGCGCUUGUGGUGUUUGCAUGGCUGGUCUCUGUCUUUUGUGCCCUCACCCUUUUUGCCCUUGCCCUUCUUGCCCUUGCCCUUCUUGCCUGAAUGCAGCACAUAAUGCCACACAAAGAACAGACAUCCAUCCAUCAACUCAGGCAGUAUCACCAUCCUCCUGUACUGGUCGACAGACUUACCCUUGCCCUUCUUGCCCUUCUUGCCCUUUCCUUUGCCCUUGCCCUUCUUCUUCUUGCCCUUGCCCUUGCCCUUGCCCUUGCCCUUGCGGCGCUUGCCUGCAGUCACAACCAUGCAGCACACCAGACACCCAUCCACACACACAUCCGAGUACGUAAAGCGUGCGCAAAGUCGGGUGCUGGCGUACCUUUUCCUUUGCCCUUGCCCUUCUUGCCCUUCUUCUUCUUCUUGCGGGCGCCGAGCACCUUGGAGACUGCCUUGAAGGCGGGCUUGGGCUUGAACUUGGCGUCGUACAGGAACGGAUGGUCAGCUGAUGGAUGGAUGGAUGGAUGGACACACACACCGACACACAUACACAUAUACAAAGACACAUUCCGUUGCCCCCAGCCACCCAGGCAUCCACCGACCAGGUCGCCAGGUCCACUUGUCGGAGACUCCCCAGGUGAUGUAGCCGGAGCAGUUGGGGGCCUUGAGGCACACGCGAAGCAGUCCAGCGUAGAUUUUGGCCUGCACACACACACACACACACACACAUAUACCGGUGUGGAUUAGGGGAUUGUUGGUGUGUGUUUCGCGAACUGACGGACCUGUAUUUUGGCCUUUUUGGGAGUCCACUUCGUGCACUUCUUCCAUCUACCGCCGACGGCCCGGCCGCACAUGACGUCCACCUCCGUCAACUGGACCUGCAUUGCGCCCCACCAUGAGAACCCCACAGAAAUGCACCCACCAGUCAAGCAUGUCUCACCCCCAAGCCCUCCACCCCACCCCACCCACCCCACCCCACCCACCUCGACGCCCAUCUUGCCGAGUCGUUUGAAGUUGGCCGCUACACCCUGCCACACGCAGACACACAUAGAUAUCCGAAGGCAUGGUUUGGUACGGUAUUCAUCCACUCACUCGGUAGUCAUUGAAGUCCAACGAGAAGUGGCUGACACAAAGAAGGACACCGAGAGAAAAGGCAGCACCACACAUCCAUCCAUGGCGGGCGUGUCAUGUCUCUUCUCCCUGUGUGUGCAUGAGUGUGUGUGUGAUGGCGAGAGGGGGUGCGCCUUCUUUCCUCCUCAAUCACCUCUGGAACCCAACGCCGUCAAUGGGCGCACCACUGACACAACCACAACCACAACCAAACAUUCCCGCCCCUCCACACAAACCCACACACCCGGUUUUGGACUCACCGAGCUCUGCCCUUUUUGCAGAUUUCGGCAAUGGCGUCCGCCUUGCCCUUGGACCAGCCGCGAGAGCUCUCGGCGCCGUAGUCGUUGUAGAAGAGUCGUGCGGGCUGUUUCUUCUUUUUGGCGGCUUUCUUGGCGACGCGGAACAGGACCUCGACGUGGUCGGGGAACUUCUUAUACAGCUUGCUCUUGCGCCAGUUGAUCUUCUUACGCGGGUUCUUCUGGAUUUGCUGCAGCAAGGGGGAAACAACACACACACACACACACACACACACACGAAUGGAUGGAUGGAUGGACGGAUGGAUGGACGGUGUGAUGGUGUCGCGGGCCUGCUGACCUCUAGUGCCUCGUUAGCGACGUCCCAUGACUGGACGCGUGGCUGUGCGUAUCGCUUGAUGGAGGCCUUGGUGUGCGAGAUGAAAAAGGCGCGGAACUUCUUGGCGGGCAGCUUCUCCACCCAUCGGGGCGUGGCGAGGUACCAGGCGAUGGCGUGGAAUCGGAAGAACUGGCCGUUCUUCUUGGCGAGCCGCAGCAGGUCGUCGCACCACUUCCAGUUCAUCUUGCCCUUGCGGCUCCGCACCCUCAUCAUUUUGCACUCAGACGUUGCCUGCACACCAUCCAUCCAUCCAUCGGAUCUUUGCCCCCCCCACGUCAUUGGUGCCUGCCCAUCUCCCCCCACCCACGUACCACAAUCAUGUUGAACUGGGAGGCGAGGAUCUUUUUGUAUUUGCGGAUGUUAGUGUAUGCGCUGGCGGCCGCCCCGAAGUAGAGGCGCUUGCUGUGUGCGGCGGCGCGGAGGGAGCCGCGGGGGCCCUUCUUGACCAUCUUCUUGUUGAAGAGCCGCUUGAAGUUGGACCCCCCGCGCUUUUUACCCUUCCCCUUGCCCUUCUUCUUCUUGGCAUCGAUGCCCUCGGGCGUCAGCACCAGGAACAGCAGGGCCAGCACCAACAAAAACCGCAGCCACGACAUCCUGCCUAAAAACUCGCCUUCC